AUGACAACUAUCUUGCUAGCUCAACAACAGUGUUUUUCUUCUGCCCGAAAAACUCCAAAUGCCACAAUAGCCAGCUAUGAGGUGGCUCAACUUAUUGCCCAGCAUGGGAAGGCAUUUUCAGAUGGUGAAUUCAUAAAACAGUGCCUCACUAAAGUCGUAGGAAUAAUAUGCCCAGAAAAAAGUCAAAAAUUCGACAACGUUAGCCUAUCAAGAAACACAGUUGUGCGGCGAAUCGAAGAUUUGUCAGCCAACAUAAAACAUCAACUGUCAAACAAAACGUGUGCUUUUGAUUUCUACUCCAUUGCAUGUGAUGAGAGCACAGACGCCACAGACACCGCAAAGUUAUUAAAUUUUUUGCGGGGAGUUGACAAUAACUUUUGCGUUACAGAGGAGCUGCUUGAUCUCAGCAGUCUAAAUACCACAACAACGGGUAAAGACAUUUUUGAAGCUGUGUCAAAUGCAAUUGACAAAAUAGGACUUAAAUGGGACAAGUUGUGUGGAGUUACAACGGAUGGAGCUCCCUCAAUGACAGGCAAGCGCAAAGGAAUGGCCUCUAUGGUGUGCGCCAAGGUGCAGGAGAGCGGAGGGGAGGCAGUUAAAAUGCACUGUAUCAUCCACCAAGAAGCACUCUGUGCCAAGACAGUACAGCUUAACGAUGUGAUGAACACUGUUGUGAAAACGGUAAACAUAAUUAGAGUACGAGCACUCUACCACAGAGAAUUUCAAACUUUCUUAACUGACGUUGAUGCUGAAUAUGGGGACCUGCUCUACCAUUCAGAAGUGCGCUGGCUAAGUCGCGGCUCCGUGCUUCGGCGGUUUUAUUCUCUGAGAUCAGAGAUUGACCAGUUUUUGAAAGAAAAGGACCGACCUCUUCACGAGCUAAGUGACCCUCUUUGGUUGGCAGACCUGGCGUUUUUAGUUGAUCUCACUGAGCACCUCAACACACUCAACAAAAACCUACAAGGCAAAGACCAACUUGUACCGCAGCUUCACGCACACAUGAAAGCAUUCUGUGUGAAGCUCCGACUGUUUGAGACACAGUUGCGCAACUUCAAUGUCGCACACUUCCCCACACUGGCCGAAAUCAGAUCUGCGUUUCCAAAGGCCAAUCUCUCUGAUAAAAAGGAGAAAUAUGUGUCUGUGAUCACAUCUCUCAUGACAGAAUUUUCUCAGCGCUUCCAAGAUUUUUCUACCAUUGAGAACGAUAUCAAGCUUUUUGCAACUCCCUUCAUGAUAAAUGCAGAAGAAGUAGAAGAGAGUCUGCAAUUAGAACUUAUAGAAAUGCAGUGUGAUGAUUCUCUGAAGAAUCAACAUCAGCUUCUCUCCUUACCUGACUUCUACCGGAGCUUGGAAGAAGCCAAGUUUCCUCUGAUGAGACGCCACGCAAAAAGAAUGACGAGUUUGUUCGGCUCAACAUACAUAUGUGAACAAACAUUUUCUCUGAUGACGCUGAACAAAAGCAGAUUGAGAACCAAAAUGACCAAUGACCAUCUCUGUGACGUCCUUCGCAUCUCAACCACAAAACUGACUCCGGACCUGCCAGCAAUCCUGCAGACCAAAGGGCAACUUCAUUGUUCGCACUGA